AUGAACAGAAUUAUUGAUAUCUCUGAUAUUUCAUCUGACUCUCACCUUGACCUAUUCAAUAAGCAACAGCAACAACAAAUUAUUGAAGUAUUAUCAAAGAAGCGUCUGAAUCAAGCUACACUUAAAACUGCUGCGUUUGACGACAUCAUUGAGAAGGAUGAUGUUGAAUUCUUAAGCAAAGCCAUCAAAGAAAUAGAUGAGACAAAGGAUGGCAACAAAUAUAUUAAAAGAAUAUACUUACUUGAAUCAAUGACCAGCCAUAAGUAUUUGUAUGAUAAAGAUGAAGAUAAUAGCGAGCAGGAUUACAUCAAUAAGUUGUAUGCUCCUAUUAUGGAAAACUGCUUUCAUGGCUGUUAUCAAUGUAAAAUUGAUCUGAGGGUAACCGUUCCUUGGAAGACUUUUGCUGAUCUGAGUUUGGUGGAAUAUGCAAAGAAGUCUUCAGUAAAAAAGUACUUUAAAGACAAGAUAAAGACAGUUUUAUGCUCAGCAAUAUAUUUUAGAAACUACAAGAAGAAUAACAACGAAAUUAAAUAUAUACCGUCUAUGCUGAUAUCACGUCUAGAAGGGGAACUGUUAAUAUACUAUCAAACUGAUUGA